GCAAACCCACCAAACCCCUUUCUCCUAAAGAAUAUUAAUAAGCCGGUCGGUGAGUGCACUCCCUCUCUCACUGUAGUUGUUGUGUGUAUCUGCGUUUUCUCUGUGCUUCGAGAUCUCGACGAAAAAAAUGGCUGCAAGAUUCUUGUGGGCUUCCAGGGUCGCUUCUCAUCUAAGGAUCUCCAUCGCCCAACGAGGGUUUGCGUCAGUUGUUUUGAAGGAUCUGAAGUAUGCUGAGUCACAUGAAUGGGUGAAGAUUGAUGGGAACAAAGCAACCUUCGGUAUAACGGAUCACGCUCAGGACCACUUGGGUGAUGUGGUCUAUGUUGAGUUGCCUGACUUGGGACGUUCCGUGUCACAAGGUGAGAGCUUUGGAGCGGUUGAGAGUGUGAAAGCUACCAGUGAUAUCAAUUCUCCAGUCUCCGGUAAGGUGGUUGAAGUCAAUGAGGUGCUGAGCGAGUCCCCUGGAUUGGUGAACACGAGCCCGUAUGAAGAUGGAUGGAUCAUAAAGGUGGAGCUGAGUGAUGCAGAAGAGGCAAAGAAGCUGAUGGAUUCUGACAAGUACUCCAAGUUCUGCGAAGAAGAAGACGCCAAGCACUGAGCUUUUUUUUUUUUUUCCUUUUCUUCUGGAAGUUUCCAUUGCAACAUAGAUUGUUGUUUUCUUAAAUGAAAUCUUGAUCUAUGUAACAGGGAUGAAUCAAGAAAAUCCUGAAGAUCUCCAUCUCUGCUUCUCUUUUUUAUGUUUUUGAACUCUCUAUUGUUUGAAUAAUGGUACAAAAUAACAAGCUUUGGCAGUUGCAUUGAUUUGAUC